UUUUAACCAUACUAAAAGCGGAUUUUACAAUCCCUCAGAGUGAAAUACACAAAAAAGAGUUAUAUUGUUUGAAAGUAUAAGCUUUUUGUUCAUACAAUAUAUAAAUAUAAAGGGUCCUGUUUUCACAAUCUUAACCAACAUAUUGGGAUUUGAUUUGUUUCAUAGGAAGUUCUCAUUUAAAGAGACUGUAGACGUUAUUUGAGUUAUUAAGUGGCAUGUCCGAUUCAUAACGGUACCCUUCAACGCUUUGUACGAUAAACAAUGAUUGAAAUGUCCAUGGUAACUCUUUAAUACUUAAAUCUUUCAAAUGACAGGUAACUCGAAAUUCUAAUGACAGUCCCUUUAGUUCUCUACUUUCAAUCACUAAAGUUCUAGAACUAACGAAAUUACAACUCAGUUCAGUCUUAAAUCUAGGUAAAGUUUCGACAACUUAAGCUUUGUUUAUUUUCUUAGGUUUGGUUCAUUAUCAAACAUGACAUGUAAUUUUUAAAAUAAUAAUAUCUAAAAUUCUCCUUAUACAAGAUAAUUUAUUAUGAAUCAAUCUUGGUGGUUUUGUGAUCAACAGCUUCGCAUGGUGAAUGAUUUUCAGACCAACGAUGUUAUCCUGUAAAUUCUUAAUAAAUAAUAUUUUAAAUUUUCAUAAAUUAUAAUUAAACAAUUGCUUGUUAAAAAGAUAAUAGAUAUGAUACAAUAUUGUUAUUUGUCUCGUAAACAUCAAUUUUCGUAAGAUUAGAAAAUCCGCAAAUAAAAAUAUCCCCGCCAUCAUUUCAGCAUCCUCUGACUUUCUUCCCUUUCUCGAGGCCGGUGUUAGUGUGUACACUCACAACCUCUGAUUUCAAUUUUAGAAUGGAAACCAAAGAAGAGAUGAAGGAUGAAAACCAAAUCGAGAUAAAAGAGGAGUUGGUUCCCAUUACAAGUUCAAUUCUAACCAUGGAGGAAGCAGAUAGCAUUGUCCAGAAGAUUCCGAGAGAAAAUAAAGACGAUCAAAGACUAAGGAAGGUAGAGAAGGGGAAGAGCAGGGACGUGUCAAGGAAGGAGAAGAAUUAUGAUGAAGAAGAUCUAAGUGCAGACCUUGAUGAUCCGAGUUCGGACGGAAAAGAAGAAAAGGGGAAUUUAAUCAAGAAGAAAAGAUUCAAGAAACCAAAUUCCAAGGUUCGAUCUGACAAGGGACGAAAAAAGUUUCCCGACAGAGUAUUUAAAUGUGAACAUUGUGAAUAUUUUUGCAAGAAACCAAAGUAUAUGACAAGACACAUGAGAAGGCAUACAGGAGAGAAACCUUUUUCCUGUGACUGUUGUGAACAAAAGUUUUCUUCAAGUUCUGGUUUAAACGAUCACAGGAGAAGAUUACAUUCAAGCUUUAGGCCUCAUCCAUGCACUGAGUGUGAGAAAGCAUUUGCAAGUGCUACUGAGCUGAAGCAACAUAUGAAAGUUCACUCAGAUGUUCGUGCUUACCAGUGUACAGAGUGUGGAACUAGAAUGAAAUCUUUGGAUAGUUUAAAUAGACAUAUUAGAUCCCACUCCGGUAUUCAGCCUUACAGUUGUGAUAAAUGUGCAGCCAGGUUCUCCUGUUCCUCGCAUCUAUCAAGGCAUAAAGCAGUUCAUGAAAAUAUUAAGCCUUUCUUCUGUGAUCUUUGUGAUAAAUCAUUUGCACAGAACGACAACUUAAAGCAUCACAUUAAAACCGUGCACAAGAAGAUAAAAGAACACUCUUGUGAUGUAUGCUCCAGUAAGUUUAGCAGAAAGAGACACCUGAUGGACCAUAUGAGAUGUAUUCACAAGAUAGGGAAGCUUCUAGAAUAUCCUUGUGAUAAAUGUGAUCGAAUAUUCUCUAGAUUGGGAGCGAGGAACCGACACUAUAGAAUGGUUCACCUCAAGCAACUCAAGUAUGCUUGCACUUCAUGUAAUCAAAGGUUCGGAUGCUUAACUGAACUCAAGAGACAUUCUCAGUCCCUGAAGCAUAUUAAGAAUUCAGAAAACAGAAUAAAGGUGGAGGGAGAGGGGGAUGAGGAGGAUGAGGAGGUGAAGGGGGAGGAGGAGUUGCAGGAUCAUUAUUUAAUAGAUGAUGAGAUAUCUAUUGAUGAAGAUUCAGAGGAUGAAGAGAUAAUAUUAUCCGAUGAGGAUCUGAUAUAAAAAUAAAAAUCCUUUUUUGAAUUAAUUCCUUUUUAAAUUGUGUAACGCUAGAAAUAAACCAAAA